AUGGCCAAUGCAGGUCGAAACACCAACGGUUCUCAGUUCUUCAUCUGCACCACGCCGUGCGCGUGGCUUGACAGCAAGCACGUCGUCUUUAGCCAGGUCAUGAAAGGGUUUCAGUAUGUCAAGAUUUUGGAGUCGUAUGGUACUCCAAAUGGGAAACCAUCGAGGGUUGUCCUUGUAAACGAUUGCGGUGUCCUCAAAGAAAAUGAGUAG